GCGGUACGCUUAAGCUUCGGCAGCAAAGCGUGCUUUUUUGGGGCUAGUGUGUCGAUACGCUAGUUAUUAUGCCAGGAAUUAUGCCAGAGCAAAAACGCUCAGCAGUUCGUCAUCAAACAAGACCCGGCGCUGCCGCACACCUCCUCGGGUGCAUAAAUCAACACUGCGUCGCACGGCCGCUCAGAGGCCGGUGCGCGAGCAACACUGGAGCUGGUCACUUCACAGGCCAUGGCCAGCGCAAACAAUGAAGACCGCGAGACCUUCUACAGCCCGCUGCCCGGCAACCGCGCGGGGUCCGACGAUGAGGACGAGGUUGAACCGAUCACGCCGCCGCCGCCUCCCCAAUACCCGCGCGCGCUCGAGCUCGUGCGCACCAUCCUAAGAGAAGAGACCAGCGAAGACGGCUUCGGAAGUCUUAAUUAUGACCCCUUCACGAGCGACGCCUCCCUGUCUGAAGCGAGGAAGUACACGCCGGCGAAGAAACGCAUCCUGCUCGGCUACAGCGGAAGAACGUUCUGGCGGUGGGCGGUAACCGCUGCUUUAGGAAUCGUGACGGGCUGCGUCGCCGUCGCGUUGUCGCAGCUCACGAACGCCAUCGUGGCGCACCGGCGGGCGCGGUUCGGUGGUGAUCCUGGCACGAUGAGAAGUUGUAUUUUGUUCGACUGCCUCCUCGCGUGCCUCGCGGCCGGCGCGACCACAUUACUAGCACCCGGAGCGGCGGGAUCAGGAAUACCAGUAGUGAAGGCCUACCUCAACGGCGUUAGAGUAAGGGGCUGCCUCUCGCCGAAGUGUUUUCUCGUGAAAUUUUUUGGCACAGCUAUGGCCGUCGGCGCCGGCGCGUCGCUGGGCCCCGAGGGACCGUUGGUGCACCUCGGCGCCAUGGCAGGCUCGUUCCUCACGGGCGGCGUGCGCUUACGGCAGACGAUGCCGUCGUUUUUUAGGACGGACAUCGACCGGCGCGACUUCCUCUCGCUGGGAAGCGCCUGCGGCUUCGCCGCGGCCUUUGGUGCUCCGGUGGGAGGUGUUCUAUUCGCGCUGGAAGAGGCGUCGAGCUUCUGGGACGAUAAACUUUUAUGGAGAGGCCUCGUCGCGUCGUCCCUAGCCGUCUUCGCCGCUUUGGCGCUGGACCACGGCAUCAUCGGCCUCACCAAACUGUCGCAUUACGGCUUGAUAUCCUUAGGGGGUUCUGAUCCAAAUGUGUCGGUAGAAUUACUUGUACUGGCGAUUCCCGCUGGUUUAGUUGGUGGUAUAUUAGGAGGCUUCUUCGUGAGGGCCUGGGCGCUCCUAGAAAGGAUCCGUAGACUCAUCGCCGAGCGGUCCUACUCGUCGCGGCCGUGGCGCGUCGGUGCGAGAACCGCCGAAGCGGCCUUCGGCGUCGGCAUCACGACGCUAGCUUUCUUAGCAGUGGCAAAAACAACAGGAUGCGUCCAAAUACACGAAGAGGACAGCGAGGGGCGCAGCCACGCCUGGACCACUGAUUCUUCUUUUGCGGUGCGCUUCGGCUGUGAUGAUGACGAGGUGAACGAGCUCGCGUCGCUGUGGUUCGCUCCGAGAGAGAACGUGAUCAAGAAAAUACUAGCUGGAGGCGCGUUUUCCGCCUCGUCACUGUUCUAUUGCGGGUGCCUAGCAUUCGCGACGUUGUUGCUCGUCUUCGGCACCGCUCUACCUGGAGGGUUAUUUUUACCCUUGAUCUACUGCGGCGCGUGUCUGGGCGGCGCCGCGGCGCGAUCCACGAAGUUCGAGAACAGCAAACGGUUCCAGGCGCCCGCGCAGCGCCAUUUAGGGGUUUUAGGUGCUGUCGCAUUAUUAGCGGGCGUCCAACGCACGACCGUAUCAUUGGUGGUGAUCGUACUGGAGGGCACAGGCAACGUGCACAUGCUCCUACCGAUCGUCGCGACCACUGUGGUAGCUCGAUUCGUCGGCAACUUACUGUCAAGAGGUUUUUACGAGGUGGCGUUGCACUCGAAAAAUAUCCCGUUCCUGGAAAAGCACGUGCCGUCGAAUUUCGAUCGGAAAUUUGUGGCCGACGUCAUGAAAGUACCGGUAGUGCUCACUCGAUUAACGACGGCGUCGGCGGCGUCGGAGGUGCUGCAUGCUUGCUCACAUGGGGCGUUCCCCGUCGUGUCGAGUGAUGAAGGGCCCGAGGACCCAUCCAAGAGGCCGUUGGCUGGUUUAGUAUUGCGAGAACACGUCGCGGCUCUACUCGCGCAUCGCCGCGACGGCCGCGACGACCGACGGGACCGGGCGCUGUCUUCGGCAGGGUGGGACGGCCCGCAGACGCCGCCGCGAAGACUGGCGUCGGGGCCGCAGCCCCUCGACUUGGGACCGGUCAUGGUGCGGUCGCCCUACGUCGUCUACGCGGACUGCCCGCUGUCGCGAGCGUAUCGGCUCUUCGUGACGAUGGGGCUGCGGCAUUUAGUGGUGGUCUCGCACGAGGACAACUCCGUUGCGGGGGUUGUGACGCGGGCGGAUCUGGCGGGGUGUUUGCACUCUUGAGUGCGCCGUUUUUUGUAACAUAGUAUAUCUUCUUA